AUCAUCCAUCAUUGAGUUAGAUAACAAUUUGAGUAAAAUAGAAUAUGACACUCUAACGAAAACAAUCAUCCACCCAUCAUAUUCCUCAAACAUUAAUAACGCAUCCCACGUGUCUUUAAAUAUUCCAUCUCUCAUCUCUCUCUAUCUCUCCCUCUCCCAUUGAUUUACACUUUCACCGACAAACAAUGGCGAACGGAGCCGAUCGAUUGGAUCUGGACGGCAGGCCGAUCAAGCCGCUGACGAUAUGCAUGAUCGGCGCCGGCGGCUUCAUCGGCUCUCACCUCUGCGAGAAGCUCAUGAACGAGACUCCGCACAAGGUCCUCGCCCUCGACGUCUACAACGACAAGAUCAAACACUUGCUCGAGCCGGAUACUUCUCAGUGGGCGGAGAGGAUCCAGUUCCAUCGCAUCAACAUCAAGCACGAUUCGAGGCUCGAGGGACUCGUCAAGAUGGCGGAUCUGACGAUUAAUUUGGCUGCGAUCUGUACACCAGCGGAUUACAAUACGCGUCCGCUUGACACUAUCUACAGCAAUUUCAUCGAUGCUCUCCCUGUGGUUAAGUACUGCUCUGAGAACAACAAGCGUUUGAUUCACUUCUCCACUUGUGAAGUCUAUGGCAAAACUAUUGGAAGCUUUCUUCCCAAGGAUCAUCCUCUCCGUCAGGAUCCUGAUUUUUAUGUGCUGAAAGAAGAUACAUCCCCUUGCAUAUUUGGUUCUAUUGAGAAGCAGAGGUGGUCAUAUGCUUGCGCCAAGCAGCUGAUUGAGAGACUUGUCUACGCUGAGGGUGCUGAGAACGGACUUGAGUUCACCAUUGUGAGACCGUUUAACUGGAUUGGACCUAGGAUGGAUUUCAUCCCUGGCAUUGAUGGUCCGAGCGAGGGCGUCCCUCGUGUCUUAGCAUGCUUUAGCAACAACCUUCUUAGACGCGAGCCUCUCAAGCUUGUGGAUGGUGGAGAGUCGCAGAGAACCUUCAUUUACAUCAAGGAUGCUAUUGAAGCUGUCCUUUUGAUGAUUGAAAACCCAGAGAGAGCCAAUGGGCAUAUCUUCAAUGUAGGCAACCCAAACAAUGAAGUGACAGUAAGACAACUUGCUGAAAUGAUGACUCAGGUGUACUCAAAAGUGAGUGGAGAGACGGCUAUUGAGAGUCCAACGGUAGACGUGAGCUCCAAAGAGUUUUAUGGAGAAGGUUAUGAUGACAGCGACAAGAGAAUCCCAGACAUGACCAUCAUAAACCGUCAACUUGGAUGGAACCCGAAGACUUCUCUCUGGGACUUGUUGGAGUCGACCUUGACUUACCAGCACAGGACCUAUGCGGAAGCUGUUAAGAAGGCCACUUCAAAACCAGUCGCAUCUUAGAGGUCAUCAUCACCUCGAACCAUUUGGUGGCUGCUACUCCAUUAUUUUUGCUUCUUCUUUUAUAAUUCACCCAUUAUCCCCUUAAAAUAGGCCAUUGUAAGCGAAUGAUUAUAAUUUCAUAUGGUGUUUGGUACUAGUUUUCGUUUUUUUUUGGUUAUAUAGUAUUUACUGAUAAUGUCUUUUGAAUGCGUUGUUGAGAGCUUUAUAUCUUUGUAUUUUGUCCGAAACUAAAAAGGGAAUGGUUUGUUCAAACUAUAA